AUGAAGUGGAAGUGGCCGUCCGCUUCACCACUAACACAACAAGGCCGCAUCCCUGCUCAAGGAGAGUUGAUGCGUCGACAGCGCAUUACUGAGAGCCCGUGGUGGCUUGGAACAAGUUUGGGCUGUCUUCUGUACCUAGAAGACCCAAAUCAACUUCCUCCGCGGCUGGCCGGCCCCCGAUGGCCGGCCCCCGAGCUGCUCCCCGCCGAGCAGCUCGCGGCCGCCUGCCAGCGCGUGCUGCGCGCGGACCCCGCCGUCUACACCCCGGUGCUCGAGUACGGCGCCGACGAGGGCUACGAGCCGCUGCGCCGCGGCCUGGCCGCCUGGCUGGCCCGACACUACCGCGUCACCCCGGACCCGCGCCGCAUCUGCAUCACCGGCGGCGCCAGCCAGAACCUCGCCUGCCUCCUGCAGAGCUUCACCGACGUCCACGUCACCCGCGCCGUCUGGGCCGUCGCGCCCGUCUACCACCUCGCCGUGCCCAUCUUCAACGACGCCGGCUUCGGCCCCGGCCGCGUCCACGCCACCCCCGAGGACGAGGACGGCGUCGACGUCGACGCCCUGGAGCGCAAGAUUCGCGCGCUGGAGCGGGAAGAGCAAGGCAAGGAUUUCGGCAAGCCGAGCAAGCGGCCCGACCCGAAGCGCAAGUUCUAUCGGCACCUGAUCUACGUCGUGCCGACGUGCGCCAACCCUUCAGGCAAGUCCAUGCCCGUCACCCGUCGCGAAGCCCUGGUCCAGCUGGCGCGCAGGCACGACGCGCUGAUCGUCUGCGACGACGUCUACGACUUCUUGCAGUGGCCGCUCGAGGGGCCCGUCACCGCCGCGCGCCCGCCCGAGAUGCGCCUGCCGCGCCUCUGCGACAUUGACCUCUCCCUGCCGCGCGCCGCCUCCGACCCCGCCGGCUUCCGCCACACUGUGAGCAACGGCUCCUUCAGCAAGAUCUCCGGCCCCGGCGUGCGCACCGGCUGGGCCGAGGCGUCGCCGGCCUUCGCGGCCGGCCUCGCCAGCACCGGGUCCACCCGCUCCGGCGGCGCCCCGAGCCAGCUGUGCGCCGGCAUGCUGUGCGACCUGGUCGACAGCGGCGCGCUGGAGCGCAGCAUCGACGAGGUCCUGCGGCCCGCGCUGCAGCGCCGCCACCGCCUGCUGCUCAACGCGGUGCGCGCGCGCCUGGCGCCGCGCGGCGUCACGCUGCGCGAGUCCAGCCUGACCGGCGGCGGCGCCGGGUCCUUUGGCGGCUACUUCUUGUGGCUAGGGCUCGGGGAGGGCAGCGGAUACUCGGCGGACCUGGUCGCGCACGUGGCCCGUGAGGAGGAGAACGUCAUCAUCGGCCACGGCAACAUGUUUACGGUGCAGGACGAGGAGACCAGGACGUUGUUUGAGGAUCGCUUUCGGCUGUGCUUCUCGUGGUUGCCGGAAAAGGACCUGGAGGAGGGCGUCGAGAGGCUGGAACAGGUCUUGAUCCGGAUCGAAGAGAACCGGGAGCACUAUAGAGCGGUGGAGGACAGAUUGCUUGGUGAAAAUGCUGACAUGAAACAACAUGUAUAA